UCAUUCUAUCUUCUUCUCACAACUCACAAGCAGCAGAAUUCGUUCUAUCCACUUUCCAUUAUCCCUCCACAGUCCCAAAGCUGAAGCCUUUGAAGCUCGGCACCCAUCAAAUGACGGAACUGCCCCUUCUGCAAGUCCUAAUUUACCAACCCAGCACCGCCCUCUAUGGCUUUUCACUGCCCCUGCUCCACUGAAGCACUGGGGUCGCGGCGGCUCAUGGGCGUCCCCGAAUAUCACGCCCGUCUUCGGCGCCACCACCACCUGCUCACGAAGCAUACCCAGUUUCCCUCUUCUUCCUCUUGGCUUGUUCGGAGCUCCGUCAGCCUGAGGUUUUUGUCGUCGUAUACAUGCCAUCACAUACCUCUCGGAAAUGCGUUCAGAUUCACUCUUUGUAUGGCAAAGCAUGGUUCUUUCCUGAGUUCUCCUAUGAUGUCCAUGGAGAAAGGAAAGUCAAGUGCUACUUCUAAAGGGAUGUGCAAGAUAGUCUGGACAAUAGAGGCUGAUCUACAAGCUGGCCAAUUUCUAUACAUAACUGGGGAUCCUACUGUUCUUGGCUGCUGGGAGCCGGAGAUUGCUAUACUAAUGUCUCCCAUGGAACAUACAAACUUAUGGAAGGCUGAAGUCAAGAUUAAUGGUGGUGUCAACUUCAAGUAUAACUAUUUCAUAAAGACGGAAAGGUGGCCUUCAUAUGACAUUACCUGGAGACCUGGACCUGAAUUGUCUAUAUCUGUACCCUUACCUGUCAAACAAAGUGGAAAAAUUAUAGUGCGGGAUUCAUGGAUGAGGACCGAUACCACAAUGUCUCCAAAUAGUUCAUGGGGUUCAUGGAUAGAGGAGGCAUAUCUUCCAAUACAACCAUUGUUCUCAGCUCCAGCUAGAGAUGAAUAUGAGAUUAUGAAAUACCUUAAAAGUGAUUUGAUAGAAUCCAAGCCAGCCUUAAAUCUUCCUAUGGAGAAGCGCACGGUGUAUGCUGAUGGCAAACUUAACAAUGGCUUAAUUUCCAGUAGCGACAUAUUAGAGUUGAACCCAUUCUUAAAUGAACCAAUGGAGGAUAAUGUGUACUCUGAUUGCGACCGUAUAGCAAAUAGCAGUCAGAGGGGCUCAACUUCUAAUAGUUUUUCAACUGAAAGACAUUAUCCUGUUGAGGAACCCUGGUUACUCCAUUCACCUCUCUUCUGCCUUGUGUCUAAGGAUAAGAUGGGGUCUGAUAUGUCCAAAAAGAAUGACAGCAUAAAAGAUGGUGCGGAAAAUUUGGAUGAUCCAGAACAUUUGUUGCCUGAAGAAAGGAAUAACCUAAUUUCGAAGGAACCUGUUUCUACCAUUAUACUGAUUAAUUCCUCUAUAUGUACCAUGCAAAGGAUAGCCCUACUAGAAUAUGGGAAAUUGGUUGAGUUACUACUGGAACCAGUUAAAAGUACAGUGCAGUGUGAUAGCGUGUAUAUAGGAGUGGUUUCGAAACUUGUACCCCAUAUGGGUGGUGCAUUUGUAAAUAUUGGGAGUUCUAGACCCUCUCUAAUGGACAUUAAACAAAACAGAGAACCAUUCAUAUUCCCUCCAUUCCGAAGGACAAAGAAAAGUGAAGCUAACAACUAUAUGUUGGAUGAGCAUGUGACUGCAUACGAAAAUGAACGUGUGUCACUUGAUUAUGAAGCGACUGAUGACGUCAUUGAAAUCAGCUCUCAGAAUGAUUAUGUAAAAUCAAUGCACAAUGAUGAUGACGAUGAUGAGCAUGAUAUUGAGGAUGAAUUUGAUGUUUCAGAUGUUAAGGAAAACAUGAAUGGUGGUAUACUCGAUUAUGGUGAAGUAGAAGCUGAUUUUCUAGAAGGUGAAACUAGUGCUGUACCUGUUGCCAUAAAUGGUUCUAGCAAUUCUCAAAUGUCUCAUCUCCAGAAUAAGAAGGAUACAAAUACUGUGACUAAUGAGAAUAAGUGGGCCCGAGUUCAGAAAGGCACUAAAGUUAUUGUACAAGUUGUCAAAGAGGGGCUGGGUUCAAAAGGUCCCACACUGACUGCUUAUCCAAAAUUAAAAAGCAGAUUCUGGGUAUUGUUAACUCGUUGUGAUAGAAUCGGAAUCUCCAAAAAAAUUGGCGGUGUUGAGCGUACACGAUUAAAAGUCAUAGCAAAAACCUUGCAACCUCUGGGUUUUGGUCUGACGGUAAGAACUGUUGCUGCUGGUCAUUCUUUAGAGGAACUGCAAAAGGAUUUGGAAGGCCUUGUUUCAACUUGGAAAAACAUUACAGAACAUGCAAAAUCUGCAGCUCUUGCUGCAGAUGAAGGUGUGGAAGGGGCCAUUCCUGUCAUUCUGCAUCGGGCAAUGGGUCAGACGCUCUCAGUUGUCCAGGAUUAUUUUAAUGAGACGGUUGAAAAAAUGGUGGUUGACUCUCCCAGGACAUAUCAUGAGGUUAGCAAUUACCUUCAGGAGAUUGCCCCUGAUCUCUGUGAUCGAGUAGAGUUGUACAACAAAAGAGUUCCUCUUUUUGAUGAAUUUAACAUAGAAGAAGAGAUCAACAACAUGCUCAGUAAAAGGGUUCCACUGGCUAAUGGAGGUUCUUUAGUGAUAGAGCAAACUGAGGCAUUAGUCUCUAUCGAUGUGAAUGGAGGACAUGGGAUGUUUGGUCAUGGAAAUUCACAGGAGAAAGCUAUUUUAGAAGUCAACCUUGCAGCUGCUAAACAGAUUGCAAGGGAGUUACGACUGAGAGAUAUUGGUGGCAUAAUCGUGGUAGAUUUCAUUGACAUGGCUGAUGAGUCAAACAAGAGAUUGGUGUAUGAAGAAGUUAAGAAGGCCGUGGAGAGAGACAGAUCGAUGGUUAAAGUCUCCGAACUGUCUAGGCAUGGACUUAUGGAAAUAACAAGAAAGCGAGUACGACCUAGUGUGACAUUUAUGAUUAGUGAACCGUGUGCUUGCUGUCAUGCCACUGGGAGAGUAGAAGCAUUAGAGACCUCCUUCUCCAAAAUUGAACAAGAAAUUUCUCGAUUACUUGCAAUGAUGGAAGAGAGACCGGACCCGGGGAACCCCAAAUCCUGGCCGAAGUUUAUUCUGAGAGUUGAUCAUCACAUGUGUGAGUACCUAACCUCUGGGAAAAGGACAAGACUUGCAUUCUUGAGCAGUUCCCUCAAAGUCUGGAUUCUGCUAAAGGUUGCUAGAGGUUUCACUAGAGGUGCAUUUGAGCUGAAACCAUUUGUGGAUGAAAAGGGACACAAAGAUCCUCCGCCAUUAACGAUUUCAAUGUUACAAUCUUCGGAAGGCAGAGCUAACAAUUCUGGCAGAAAGGUGACCUUGUUUCCGAUCAAAAAGUGGAAGACCGGGCGAAAAUGAGACUUGCCAGAUUGACGUGUAUUUGUUCUGUAUACAGACUAAAUUUUCUAUUUGAUUCUUUCAAAUGUUGACUAUAUAUGAGGAGGAUGUAGAGAAAGGAGAAAAGAGAGGAUUAGAUGGCAUUUUGUUGAUAUUAGCACAUUGUAGUAAUGCUUGGCCAACUAGUUUUGUUAUCAGCAACUAUUUAUUUUCUUAAUAAUACCUAGUAGCAUUUUCAGAAGCA